AUGACCACCAACAGCGCAUAUACUAGCUCUCCAGUGACAGAGAGCUUCCCGACUCCUACGUCUACACGGCCGAGAGCUCCGCCCAUUCGGCUACAAUUGCAUUCUCCUGACAGUGAUCUCUCGCCUUUCAGCUCGCUGCCGGUCUAUCAAUUUUCGCCUCCCGUGCUCAGCGACUAUGAUGACAUCUUGGAGGAGGACAAUCCUUCUCCACUGGAUUCACGGCAAUUUACCCCAACAUUGCAUGCCUCUCUGGUGUCGGAGAUUCUUUCUCUCCGGCGAGAUGUCGAGAGCAAACUGCGAACGAUUGAGAGCCUGGAGCACAGCUUGGACGAAUCCCGGAUCGAGAAUGAAAGCCUCAAUGAACGCCUCUCGAAGAGCCUGAAGGAUUCUCGCUCGCUUAAGCAGCAGCUGCAGCUUUUGGAGGGCGGCUCGUCCUCCGCUAUUAGUGAACUCGCUCAAGAGCGGGACCAAGCAUUAGAACACAUUGCAGAUGCUCGCAAGAAACUGGAACAAGCACAAAGAAAGGCCCGCAGUAGCGAAGAAGAAACAGAGAGGACAGUGCAGCUGUGGAACCGAGACAAAGAUACCUGGGAUCAACAGCGAAGAAACUUAGAACGGAAAGUUCAUGUGGUUGAAGGUCGACUAAAGACCGUCUUGAAUGAGGUGGCUGCAGCACAGGAAGCACGCUCUUUCCAUUCCACACAAAACAGCGAACGCAUAGAAGGAACCGAUGAGAGGCUUACCGAAAAGGAAAGUGAUGCUGCAAACAUCAGCUCAAGCAGCGAAGGACGCCGCCGGAUCAGCGUCACAAGUGUGAGUACUGACCAUUGGGAUGAGUUCGACUACCACAAUGUGCGCUACUCCAUGGCUAGCGUCAGCAAAGUCCCUGUUUCCAAAGGUGAAGGAUUGAACUUGGCACAGGAGCUUGCUUUCGAUGACGAUGACGACGACGACUUUCGGACUUUCGAUCAUGGCUUCAGGCCUGACUCUCCUGAGGCUCUCCCAGAGGAGCGACCUGUCUCGGUACAUUCCCAGCUGUCUAGCACAAUGGGUAUGGGGGCCAAGGCAAGGAAGAUUCUCGGCCUUUCUCUUGGUAAUAUGGAUGGUUACAGUGCCAAAAAUGAGUCGGCGUCGGAGUCUGAUAGUCCUCUGAAGCUCUCUGCGGCUUCAUUUAUGUAUCGAGACGCAGGAGUGCAGUAUUCUCUUCUUCUUUCCCCCACACUGAAUCACUCACAUGUUAUUGACUUUCCUUCAAACGAGACCAACAGCAAAGAGUCUCCGUGCUCAUGCCAAGCGAAAGUGAGCAGUGCGUCCAAACUCACCAUUGAUAUGGUGUCGGCUUCCUGCCAAACCGUGGCAGGUCUUCCCACGCCUCCAUGGACUCCUGAUCUCGAUAAUGCCCAAAGACCUAAACCAGUUGUGAUGGUUUCAUCUUCUAUGCAGACUGUGGAAUUUCCACAAGCGGAACCGGCCGAGCAGCAGAUCAGUAUGUUUCUUGGUGACACGGGUUCGCCUGGCCUUGAAAUUCCAAUGAUCGCAAUUCAUCCUCCCUGCUCAGAGCCACCAUCUCCUCGGGGUAGCGUAGUGCUCCCACCGCAAACCAAGAGCGUUGCAUGUCAAGCCACUCUUGGUUCAGGAGUUGUCUGUCGAGCGAUUGGGGUUCAGACAGAAGAGAUCAAGGGAAUCCAGCGACCAGUCAAAUUGGCGGCGACUCUACUUCCAUCAGCUAUACCGGACCUGCCGCUCUGCAAUGUCAAUGCGGAUUUUCCCAUCCAGCCAUACUGCCCGCCGCCCGCCCGGCUAAAGAAUAUGGAAAGCACGACUACCCAGAGAAGUAACCCACUUGAGACGGUGCAGGCCUAUCCAGGCAAUAACGACAAUGGUCCAUUGGCUGAGGGAUCUGACAGCAGUCUUAGACGCCCGCAUCGCUCGAGCAGUCUCUUCGCUGGCUUUGAGCAAGGAAGUGACGACGAGUCUCAUGAUAAGGUCAAUGAAGUCCUCACGGACGAUGAUUUCCUCAACCGACCAUUCGCUUCUUAUACGUUGAAAAGAGGGAAACUGGUCUCAACACAAGGUGGCUCAUGCUCAAACGCCGGUGUGCUGGCGGAAAUUGAUGAGCAUAUCUCGGAAUCAAAGGCUCGCUCUCCCGAAGUGAUGCCGGAUUGCGAACUUAGAGACAGGCUUGGAUCCGCCUGGAGCCAGCAAGCGGACCAAGGUCUGCGACGACAGAAUCUCCUCAAAGAAGUCACGGUAUCCCAUGAGAUUACAGCCCACCAGAUGUCCCGUUCAAGAAGCCCCAGUGAGCCCAGUGUCGAUCACGGCAAUACCUCCAAGAUUGCUCCUCCCAUUCCUGUUCCAAUUCGUCACAGCUCACGGAAGUUCCCCGCUCGGCGAAACGAUAGCCAGCAAAGUCCAACAUCAUCACAUCCUCGAACCUUUUCUGACCGAGGACAUGCGCAAAUGAUGCGACGUCCGACCCUUCGGCGUGUCCGAUCGGCGGCUGCCAUGGCUCAGACAGAACAGCCUGAAAGUCGAUCGUCGCCGACGUCUACCUCGUCUUGCAGCCCCGACAGUUCACGGUACUCUGUUCUUCCAUACGAUGGCAUUCCUGCUCCGUGCGAAGGUCAACCCGUCCAGCGGCGCUCAGCUUUCGCCCCAACAGUCUCUCACACUUUUGCUCAUGAACGACAAGACUCUAAAGCUACCUCUGUUCAGCCUACAAGUGUUGUCGAUGCUAUUGCACAGACUAUGGUUGGAGAAUGGAUGUACAAAUAUAUCAGGAGAAGGAGAUCGUUUGGUGGAAUUGGAGAGUCUAAGGAGGGCUGGGAGGGACGCAGUGCCGAGGAAGUCUCAGCGAACAUCACCAACAGUGGUGUCAGGCACAAGCGCUGGGUCUGGCUGGCACCGUAUGAGCGUGCGGUGAUGUGGAGCAGCAAGCAGCCUACGAGUGGACAUGCGCUGCUGGGUAAGAGUGGCCGAAAGUUGAUGAUCCAAUCUGUUCUCGAUGUUAGGGACGAUAACCCCCUGCCCAAAGGGACCAAUGCUCAAAGUCAAUUCAAUCGAUCCAUUCUCAUCUUGACGCCACAGCGUGCCCUCAAGUUCACGGUCACGAGCAUUGAACGACACUAUGUCUGGUUAACCGCGUUGUCUUUUCUGAGCCACUCACCAAUGGGGAUUCAUGAUCUAGCUGCCCUGCCCCCAGUGCCACAGGAUGAAGGCAUUGCAUCGGCGCCGUCGCCUGCGCUACGCCGCAAUCCUAUCCGUGACUCGAUUCGAGUCGCCAAGGGACGGCCUCGGCCCCGACCUAAGGGGAAACGAUCUUUCCUCGGUCAGGUCGAACCAGUCCCUGAGCUUCCUUAUGGUUUCGACUCUUCGCCGUCAAUGGACGCUGCUGAUCCUCCGACUGUGCCACGAUUUUCGAACCAUUCGCGGAAACGAAGCAACACUACACCACGAAUAUCGACGAUCCGUAGCUUCUCCAUCCAAGGCUCGAUACCGUCGAUUGAGUCGACACGAGGCUCCUCAGACACGUACGGUGUUCAACCCUACGGACCUGGAACUGUCAGUGGACGUACCUCCGAAACUAGCGCGAGGACGGGAAACUUCUUUGAUGCCAUUGGGACUGUUCGCAUGGAGGCAUUCAUUGAUCAAGCAAAUAAAACCAGGGCACAUCAGACUGGCCGACAUAGCCGAAAGACAUCCGGCGCAUGGAGCGCGACUCACAACCCAAAUUUCCCGCAUGGAGCCGGGGCCGAGUCAAAUCACCGUGUUGACCCUUUUGCGGGGUUCUGA